UGCAUGCACGGCGCACCAUGGACGACGACGACGUGUGCCACCCAUUCUACUUCGCCGUCCAGGACGACACCGUCGACGAGGAGUUACUGAUGAGCCUCAGCUUCCUCCUCCCGCCGCCGGCGCCGGAGGCGGAGGCAGUGCAGCAGGCUGUUCAGGAGAGCGCCUUCUCGGCGUACCAGAGUGCGGCGGCGUCGGCGUCGUCGUCGGCGGAGUCUCUGAGACGGCGGUACCGCUCCGCACCGGGAAACCUCCACCGGAGGAUGCACGAGUACCUCAGGAGCAUCGAUGACGACGCCCGUGGCGCGCGGGCAGCCGCGGAAAUGCCGCAGGCGGUGGCCGGCGAACCUGCCGUCCAGCAGCAGGCGGCGCCUGGCGGCGGCGGGGGCAGCGCGCGGUUCCGGCACAUCAUGCGAGAGCGGGUGCGGCGGGAGCGCCUCAGCCAGGGCUACGCCGACCUCGAAGCCGUCCUCCCCGGCGGCGCAUCGAAGAAAGGUGGCAAGAACUUCAUCGUCGGCGCGGCGGCCAACUACAUCCGGCACCUGGAGGGGAAGAAGGAGUGGCUCCGCGCGCGGAACGAGGAGCUGGGGCUAGCGCCGCCGCCGCCGGCGAGGCCCGGUGCCGUCAUGGUGGUGAAGGUGCGCGCCGAGAGCGAGCUUGGCCCGAUGGUGGACGUGUUCGAGGCGGUGCUCCGGCGGCUCAAGGCCAUGGAGGAGCUGCAGGUGACGGCGAUCCAGUCCUGCUUAUGCGACGGCGGGAUGUGGAUGGAUGUCGCGGUGGAGUCCAAGAUAUCUUCGCGUGAGGUGGACAAAGCAAUAAGAAAUGCCUUGAGGGAGCUUCAGGAGAUCGGACCCGGAUCCUGCUUGCAAAUCGGCAGUAAGACGAGCUUUAGUUGUCAAGUUGAAAGUGGUGUACUACUAACGAGCUGAUUACAGUUGAUAAAGAAUAAAUUAUGAUACCUAUAGCUGAUCCCUCACCUGUGAAAGUCAUUUGUUCAUUUCGUUUCACACUAUACUUACACGAAUGUUAAUAUACUUAGACAUGAGCAAAUAUAUCAUUCUUAAGAAGGUAAAAAAGAUAUCACUAUUUUCUAUA